AUGGGGGUGUGGUACGCAUGGUGGAUCAAGGACUACUGCAGCUUGCAGACCCUGUGGAACAGCGUGCAGUCUUCAAGCAACGUGCGCAGCAGCGUGCUGGCCGUGUGGGGCCCCGGCACAUCCGGCGCCAGCAGCAGCUUCCAGGACUACGUGCUCAUGGCGGCCAACAACCGCCGCAACCCCUCUUGCGUCAAGACGUACCUGCUGGACUGGAUCAAGUGCAAGGCUGCGCCCACCGACUCGGCCUUUCAGUUUUACAACUCGGCGCUGGGCGUGGGGGUGAGCGGGGUGAAGGAUGUGCGGUCGCUCAACACGUUUGUGACGGCGGUGAUCAAGAAGAUCGGCCAGACCGUCUUCAACAUGCUCGUUGCCAUGCUCAGGCAGCGCGGCCUGCAGGCUCAGGUCGUGAUGGCGGGAGCGUGGUGCUAG